ACUGUUAUUGUAGUACCGUGGUGACAACAUGCCAUUGAAAUGGAAAACGAGCUCUCCUGCUAUCUGGAAAUUCCCAGUUCCUGUGCUUAAAACAUCCAGGUCAUCGCCACUUUCUCCAGCAUACAUAUCUCUGGUGGAAGAGGAGGAUCCUCAUAUGAAAGUAUCUCUUGGUAGCAGCGAUAUGGGCAUCUCUGCCCAUCUACAGUCUUCUAAGACAGGGACCACAAGAUUUUUCACCAGCAACACUCACAGUUCUGUGGUAUUACAGGGUUUUGACCAGCUGCGUGUGGAAGGUUUGCUUUGUGACGUGACGCUUGUUCCAGGAGAUGGUGACGAAGUGUUUCCUGUUCACAGAGCCAUGAUGGCUUCUGCAAGUGAUUACUUCAAGGCGAUGUUCACAGGAGGAAUGAAGGAACAGGAUUUAAUGUGCAUUAAGCUUCAUGGUGUGAACAAAAUAGGCCUAAAGAAGAUCAUUGAUUUCAUUUAUACUGCAAAACUUUCCCUUAAUAUGGACAACCUUCAGGACACUCUGGAAGCUGCCAGUUUUUUGCAGAUUUUACCUGUUUUGGACUUCUGUAAAGUGUUUCUUAUCUCUGGGGUUUCGUUGGAAAACUGUGUUGAGGUUGGGCGAAUUGCCAACACAUACAAUCUCACAGAAGUGGAUAAAUAUGUUAAUAAUUUCAUCCUGAAGAACUUCCCUGCAUUAUUAAGUACUGGAGAAUUUGUGAAACUCCCCUUUGAACGUCUUGCCUUUGUGCUUUCAAGUAAUAGCCUUAAGCACUGCACUGAACUUGAACUCUUCAAGGCAGCUUGUCGCUGGCUACGGUAUGAGGAGCCUCGGAUGGAGUACGCCGCAAAGCUGAUGAAGAACAUCAGGUUUCCACUGAUGACACCCCAGGAUCUUAUUAACUAUGUUCAGACAGUGGACUUCAUGAGAACUGACAAUACCUGUGUAAACUUGCUUUUGGAAGCCAGCAAUUACCAAAUGAUGCCAUACAUGCAACCCGUUAUGCAGUCGGAGAGGACUGCCAUUCGCUCGGACAGUACUCACUUGGUGACAUUGGGGGGAGUGCUGAGGCAGCAGCUGGUUGUCAGCAAGGAGUUACGGAUGUAUGACGAAAAGGCCCACGAAUGGAAAUCCUUAGCUCCCAUGGAUGCGCCAAGGUACCAGCACGGCAUCGCCGUGAUCGGAAACUUUCUUUACGUAGUCGGGGGCCAGAGCAAUUACGACACGAAAGGAAAGACGGCGGUCGACACUGUCUUUAGGUUUGAUCCUCGCUACAACAAGUGGAUGCAAGUCGCAUCUUUAAAUGAGAAGCGCACCUUCUUCCACCUAAGUGCCCUCAAAGGACAUUUGUAUGCAGUUGGUGGUCGGAACGCAGCGGGUGAGCUAG